AUGAAGUUAUUCUAUUUAAUUUCAUCUCUUUUCACAAUAAUAAUAACUUUUACUUGGGCGAAUGCUCAACAACUUUGUAAUGGACAUGCAGAACUUUGUAACAAAUCUUAUUCAGCCGUAUCAUUUGUAGCAACACAUAAUUCUUAUGCUUACGGAAAUCUUGUUGCGGCAACUCAAGAUUAUAGCAUUCCAACACAAUUAAAAGAUGGAGUUCGAGGAUUUCUUCUUUCUGCUCUUGCAAGCCCUAAUCCAUCAAGCACUGAUAUAGAACUUUGUCAUACAUCUUGUAGUUUAUUAGAUGCUGGAACUGUAGUAAAUACAUUAAAAAAUUUUACAACAUUUUUACAAAAUAAUCCAAAUGAAGUUAUUACACUUUUUUGGAGAAAUGAUUUUAGUAAUCUUACAGCUACAGAUUUUAAAACAGCUUUUGAUAAAGCUGGUUUAACACAAUAUUGUUUUACUCAGCCACUUGGUUCAGCUUGGCCUACAAUGUCUGAUAUUAUUAGUUCAGGAAAACGUGUUAUGAACUUUCUUGAUUCAGGUGCUGACACGACCACUGUACCAUGGUUAAUGGCGGAAUAUUCAUAUGUAUUCGAAACUCCAUACGAUAAUACAGAUCCUAAUGCUGUUUGGCCAUGUACAAUUGAUCGUCCUAAAGGUCAAAGUCGUCCAUUAUACAUGAUAAAUCAUUUCCUUUAUACAGAAAUAGCAUCUUCAUCAAUAGAAGUUGAAAUUCCAAGUCGAAGCAUUGUAAAUUCAACAAAUAGUCUUAGCUUACAAACUCAAGCUCAAAAUUGUACAAAGAUUUUUGGUAAAGCACCAAAUUUUAUUGCUGUAGAUUUUUAUGAUCAAGGUAGUAAGGAUUUAAAUGUAUUUAGUGUUAUUGCUAAUUAUAACGGUGUACCAUAUACUCCAACAACUUAUGGUGACGGUUCUAUCAAUAAUAAGGUUUCAUCAAAAGCAAAUAGUAUAAAAAUCAAUUUCUCCACUGCUAUUGUUUCUUUAUUAAUCAUUUUUAUUUUUGCUGUUGUUGAAUUGUAA